UCUACAUUUUAACAUGUUAGAAGAAUAUGUAUACUUGUUAAAGAUUUUUAUAUUGUAAAAAAAUGGGAAAACAAAAAAGAGAAAGAAGGAAACCUAGGAAAAAUCCUACCGGUCUUCCGUCUGUUAAAGAUUUUGAAUCUGCUAACGCCGAAAAUAUAAAUGACGAUCGAGAUACUGCAUUGGAAAGAGUAUACGAAGAAAUACAGUCUGGUAAUAUUGAAGAAAUAUUGUCUGGAUUGCAAACACUGGAGUCAAUGUCUUGCGAAUCGACGCUCGCCGCGCAAAUAGCAAAAGAUGGAAUUGCUAAAAUGGUAGGACCAUUGCUUGUCGAUCACAAUGUACUUGUAAGAGCCGAAAGUGCUAGUGCUUUAAGAUGUAUUGCAGAUAAUGGAAAAGAAGAAGCAUACAAGAGUUUACUUAAAGAUGAUAUCAUGACCCCAUUGUGCAGUUUAUUGAUACAAUAUUAUACAGACUGGCAACCAAUACUCGAUCAAAAUGAAAUAAAUAAAGUAAAUGAUGAGAAAGAAGCAUUUAUCCAAGCAGUCACAUUGUUAUGGACUUUGUGCGAGAAUAAUGAAUGUGCAAUAAAAUAUGCAAACAAAGAAGAUCUUGUUUCUAUUCUAAUAAAAUUUUUUGACAUUACCGUUUAUGGUGUUGACAUUGUUACAGUGACUGUUCAAUGUUUAUUGUCUUUGUCAGAAGAUAAUUCCAUUGCUAUUAAUAAACUUAAAAGCUGCGAAGAUACACUUCUUCAAUUGUUAAAUGUAGAGGCAAAUAAUACUAAUGCCUCUGAUAUAAUGUGUCUUAAAACUGCUGUUGCAGGACUUCUAAUUAAUAUAUCUAACUAUGUGGAAAAUAAUCCCACGAGUACAGUUUGUAAAGCAAUAGCUGUACUUUCUGAAACACUUUCUGUUGAUUGCAAACAACUAUUAUCUAAUUUAUCGUCAAUUUUACCUCAUGAAAAAAAUGCUUUCUCGAAUACUGCGAAAAAGAAAGUACGAGAUAGUAGAAAAAUGUUUGGCGCGCAACAACACACGCUUGAAAUUUUAGCUAAUUUAUGUUCGGAAGAACAGGAAAGUGAUAAUGAUUCUGAUUUGGACGAUUCAGAUUGUGAGACCAACAGUAUAGAUAAUGCAUGCUUGGAUAACAAAUUAUGUAACAUUAAUUUAUCUCUACCUUUAGAAGUAAUCGAAGUUUUUAAUAGUUGUAACAUAAUUAAGAAAGUAUGGGAUAAGACUAUAGCUGUAGACAAAGAUACAACAGAAAUAUUGGAACAAAAUGUGGAAGGAAAAGCUAUUUUACAGCAAAUGCAUACACUAAACUGUAGAGCUUACCUCUGUUUAAAUAAUUUAAUAUCUAGUUUGGAAAUUGAUGUUCUUGGCGGUAUGGAAAAUAUAUACAGAAUGUGGGUUGAUAUUGGAACAGUUGUGUUUAAAGAUGCAAAUCCAAACGAUAUUGAAUUAUUGGAAUCUGCUACAGCAACUAUGAGGGCGGUUCUUCAAAGAUUAUCCGAGGGAAAACCAAAUAUUUUCAAUCAAUUAACAUUAGCCGACAUUCAACCAAUGUUAAAUGGUGAACAGCAAUGCUCAAAUGCUAACGUUCGAGCAAAUUUAAUAAGAAUAGUGGGAAAUCUUGCUUUAAUCUUAAUAAAUAAUUGUACUUCUGAAGGUUCUGAACUAACAAAACAUAUGUCUAUGUUUUUAUUAAAUACUUGUACGAUGGAAUCAAAGGCUUGGGUGAUGGCUGAAUCUUUGGACACAAUAAUGGAUAUAUAUUCAGAAGAUGAGAGCAAUCAAUUAGCGAGUGAAAUAAAUUUAGUAGAAAAAUUACGCACUCUUGUACCACUCUUUAAACAUAAAGUGCGACAACAAAAGAAAAUCCUAAGAGACAACGUUGCAAUAGUGUCUACAGUAAACACAAAUAUCACAAGAUUUAUAAAAUAUAAAGAAAAACAAAUAAAAAAUGUUUAAAAAAUUAAUAUUGUCCAAUAAAUUUUAACUUUUCCUUUUUUUUUUGCAACAUGCACUAGGUGAUCUUUGUAGAAUUUUGAAACAAGCGAGUAGCGAACAAUAUGGCGCCAAUACCAAAUAAUAAUGCACAAAUAAUGCCUAAAAAGUACGUACUUUGGCAUUUGCUUAAUCUAUGGCCGUCAUUACACAAAAUCAUAAAAUAUUACAACUACUGAUAGUAUCAUAUUUUAAAUCUUUUUUAUAUUUUAAACCAAGGCAAAACUUUCUACCUUUUUCAGUCUUUACGCAAUACUUCAUUUUUGUUCAAAAUCAGAAGUUUCUCCAAAAAUUCUGUUUUGUUAUAAACUGAGAGUGAUAUAACAACUCUGCUUGCAGAUUCAUGCUCAGGGUGAGAAACUCUACAAAAAUCAACCAGUGUAUAUUACGAAAAGAAAUUCGUAUUGAACGGUGUAAUUGGAACUAAUUUUACUGGCAUAUUUUUAUGGAACUUUGACUAUUCUUUUUUUGCCAAGAAAUGGUAGUACAUUAAGGACAAAUAAUAUGUACACUACAAAUAUGUUAUUUAUAUGAUAUAAUAUUUUUAUGUAAUUUUUAUUUUUAACAAUAGGGUCUUUAUUAAAGAUAGUUGUGUAUCAUAAGGAAACAAGGACUGGUGAAGUUUUUAUGUUAUCUAAUGAUAACGCUAUUGAACUCUACUAUUGCCAUGAGUAAGAAAUGAAUUUUGUAAAUAUU